AUGGAGAAGGCGAGGGAGAUUCAGUCAAAGCUGGAUAGCCUCCAGCAGGAGAUGCACGCCAAAGUGGAGGCGUGUGAUGUGAAGUACAACAAGGAGAAGAACGCCAUCUUCGCGGCGCGCCGCGCAAUCGUUGCGGAGCUGAUAGCAAAGAAGGAGAUGCCUGCAAACUUCUGGGCGCUCGCCCUCAUCGCCCUGCUGCAGAUGAAGGACCGUGAGUCGACGACUACACCCCACUUCCUCGGCCCGUACGAUGACGAGCUGCUCAAGACGUACCUGGAGGACAUCGAGGUGUUGUACACGGAGAAGGGCCACCGCAUUACGCUGCGCUUCAAGCCGAAUCCGUUUUUCGAGGAGACGGAGCUCUGGGCCCAGGCGAGUGAGAUAAUGAAUGACGAGGCUGAUGAGGAGGACGACAUGCCUCCCGUGGAGGAGAGUUGGGGCUUUUCAGGUGUGACGUGGAAGAAGGGGCACGGCCCGCAGCUGGACGAGGACGAGGACGAGGAGGAUGAUGGUGCCCCAGGCAAAAAGCGCCCGCACCCGGGCAUUGGCGACUUGGCUGCCUCCGCAUCGUCCUCGACGCAGGGCCCCAGUGUGCUGGAGGUGUUCAGCGAGAUGCCCCCCCACCCGGAGGAGGAUGAGGAGAUGGAUGAGGAGGACGAUGACGCUGUGGCGGAUGCCAUUGAGGAGUGGGAGGAGGAGAUGGCCGACCGCAAGAUGCUGCUGCGGAUGGUGGAGCUGUUUGUUCACCAUAACCCUGUCUCCGCCCUGCGCGACGGUGGUGCUGCCACGGCUGGCGCGAGCAACGGUGAGGAGGCGGCCGCGAAGAAAGCGAAGGUGGAGUGA